UCCUUAAAACCCUAUAAACCUCUCUGUGGACGAAGAUCGAUCUCACUUUAUUCUUCUUCUUCCGGGCAUCAUCUUCUCUAUCUCUUGCAAUGGCUUCCAGAAUCAUGAACAGAUCCUCCGUCUCGUCUCUCAGAUCCGCAAUCAGAUCUUCGCUUCGAAAUUCUCCCGUUGGCACCGGAUCUUCACCGGCUGCUUCUUCCGCCGGAUUUCGUGUCCAUCUGAGCUUGGGUGUGUUCAGUCGCUGUUACCGCUUCACAGCACGGUGGCGGCUGCUCGGUUGACGUCUUGCCUUAGCACUACUUCCAGAAGCAGCCGAGCUCUCUCUCAGGAUGGAAUCGAUGGCACGUGAGACGUAUUUGCAGUUGUUUUGAAAGAGAUGGGCCUUUCAGUCCCAAGGUGACCUGAUACAUUCAUGAAGAUUAUUACUAUUGAGUGAGGAAAGCUUCUCUUAAACUUAUAGACAAGUUCUUUGUUUGUGACUCCAGACUCGUGUCAUUUUCAUUUUGAUUCAUGAAAAAAAAAAUGUAAUACAGUUUCACCUUUUUCCACGA